AGAGCUGUCCACACAAACCCUUACACUGGAUCCCCACAAAAGGCAGCAGGUCUAGCCCAGAGCGGACCUUCCUGAAGCCUCAGGAUGAGGCUAGAGGCUCAUUCACAGGCUGGGAAGCCCUUGUGCGUGCUCCAGCUGAUGAGGGCCAGGGAGGAAGGCUCCUAGGUUGCAGUGGGAAGAUGAAGGCCGCUGAGACCUGCAGGGAAGAGCGAACUGCUAGCAAGGUGUGAGCCACCUGGUCUGAGUCCCGAUUACUUAUCACGCAGUCUGCACCCCACAGAGUCUGGCAGGCUGGUCCCCACCCCGCCUCAGUUUCCCACCUGCAAUGAAGUGGGCCGACCCGGCUCCAAGUCAGACAACUGCUUUGCCUUCGUGUCCUGUCCACCGAAGCCUGGCGAGCCACCCAGGCGCUGCCUCCGCGCCAGUGGCGGGGGGUCUGGAUAGGGCUCCGGGCCCCAGUGCUUCUCCCAGCGGCGCCACCGACUCGGGAGUGGACGCGUCCGCUUUAAGGCGCGGUGACCCCAGGGCCGCGGGCGGGGCGGGGACGGCGCGGGCGUCCGGAGGCGAGUGCGAGGGCGCUAGUGCGCGGCGCCGGCCCCACCAUGCUGACCGCGCUCGGCCCGCCAGGCCUGCCCGGGCUCCCGGGCCGGCUGUCCUCGGCACCCGCGCGGCGCCAGGACUCCUCUGGUUCGUCCGGCUCCUACCACACGGCUCCGGGUUCCCCAGAGACCCCAGCCGUUGGGCCGGACGCGGAGGGCCGAGCGAAGUGGCCCCGGGUGGCCCCUGCGCUGGGGGCGGACGCGCAGCCUCGCCUGUCCGUCAGCGCCCAGAAUAGCCGCCAGCAGCCCGCGCCCGGCUCGGGUUUCCCGCGGGGCCCCGGCUCGGACCCGCGGCCAGCCCUGCCCCAGCUGCGCACACUGCCGUCGGGGGAGAUGGAAGUCAUCUUCAACGCCGGACCCCUAUUCCGCCGCGCCGACGCCGCGGAGAGCGAGGUGCCGCCGUCCUCCCAGCCGGCCUUCUGCAGCCUCUCCCCGCCCCGGGCCGGGUCUCCCGCCCCCGCCGCACCGCAGCCCCCCGGCCCCGACGGUGGCUCCCGCUGGGCCACCUACCUGGAGCUGAGGCCCGGCGGGCCGAGCCCUGACACCCCGACGCAGUUCGAAUGUGUGGAAGUGGCGCUGGAGGAGCGGGCUGCGCCCGUCAGGCCCCGAACGGUGCCCAAGCGUCAGAUCGAGCUGCGUCCUCGGGCCCGCAGCCCCCCGCGGGAGACCAGCGCGCCGAAUCCCCGCCUGCUGCUGCGAACCGGCUCCCUGGACGAGUCACUGGGCCGCCUGCAGGCCGCCGCGAACCUCGUGCAAACCGCGCUGGCCAGAAAAUUGGGCCCCGCGGCCCUUGCCCCGAGCACCGCCACCUUCGGAUCCACGGGACGGCCGGAGCCCGAGAGCCAGGAUGCGGCGCGCAGCACCCGAGUGGUCCCGGAGCACGCCAAGGCUCGGCCGCCCCGGGUGCUUGAAAAUUCAGGCCCCGCCAAAGCCCCAAGGCCCUGGCCCAGCCUCCGGGAGCGCGCGAUUCGGCGGGACAAACCCGCUCCUGGCACCGAGCCGCUGGGUCCAGUGAGUUCCAGCAUCUUCUUGCAGUCGGGGGAGAAGACCCACGAAGCGCACAACCAGUUACUUAAGACGCGGCUCCCGCGAGAGCCCCUGAAUAGGACCUUCCCGAGGGCACAGAGUCCACCUUUGGAGUCGCGGGGCCCCUGGGAGGUUCCCAGUAAAGCCGUGGACCCGCAGUGGCAGGCUCCGAAUGGGACCGUGCGGGGCCCUCACCGCCCGGGCCCCCAAAACCUACCGCCGUGGAACCAGGCCAUUCGGAGGGUGGGUAGCCCGCCGCACCCCGAAGCCUCCGCCGUGGAAGACACCGCCAGCGGAAGGAGCCCGUCCCCUCCGACCCGCUCUCAAUGGGAGCGAGAUGUCGCCAGGGCGGGUAGCCCAUCCCUCGAAGCCCCUUCCCCGUGGGAGAUUCCGCAUCAUCUGGCAGUGGGGGACGCACUGGAGGGGAGCAGGAGCCCAUCCCCGCAGGCCUUGUCAUCGUGGGGGGCUGCCCACCACCCCGUGGAGACCUGGGAAACGUGGGAACCCACCGCGAGGGGCUCACCCACCGAGUCUCGGCGGGACGCUCUGAACGGCACCGCCCCGGAGGAGGUGGCGCCCUCCGCACCGGGCACACCGGAGUUCACGGCGGUUCCGAGCCCGUCCUCGCGGGAAACGCGCGGUCUUGGCGGUCGGCGGCUGCCAGAGGGGGUUGCACCCGAGCUGCCCCUCGGUCGCCUGGAGGGCAACGAGGGUCCGGAUACCUGGGGUCCUGGAGAAGCGGCCUCGGGCCGCCGGCGCGUGGCCAUCCCGCGGCCCCGCGACGUGCGCCAGAUGGUGAAGACCACCUACGCGCCCAGCUUUCCGGCGGGGUCGUCGAGCUCUGGGCAGCCAGCGCCUCCAGCGGACCCCCGCAGCGAGGAGGGCGGUGCCUCCAAGACGCAAGAGCAUCAUCAGGCACUGGGGGCCCCAGCCCCGGCCCACUACACUUCCGUUUUUCUAAAGGACUUUCUGCCCGUCGUGUCGCACCCUUACGAGCCUCCGGAGCCGACUCCCGAUACCGCCCCCAGGGACGCUUCGCAGCCCAACGGCGCCCCGCGGCGCAGAGCAGAGAACAGCACCGCCAAGCCCUUCGCGCGCAGCGAGAUCCGCCUGCCCGGCGCCCUGGCCCUGGGCCGCCCGCCCGACGGCUCGCGGGGCGGCGGCGUUCGCGGGCCGGCCGGCGGAGAGAACCGCGAUGCCGAGCCCCGGCGCCUGGUCCCCGACGGCGAGGGUGGGCCCAGCCCCGCGGAGCGAGCCGCUCGCUCCUCGCCCCAGCGAUCGCCCGUGGGUGGCGUCGGGGCGCGCGCGCCCCGCCCCAGCUCCCCACAGGCGCACCCUCACUCGAGUCCCGGGCGAGCACCCCGUCUGGAGGCGAGCCCAGCGGCCCCGGAGUCCUUCCCGAGGUCGCCCCAGGAGGCGGCGGGCGGAGCGACCCCGCCGCAGCCCCGCGCGGCCUCGGCGCCUCCCGCAGACCGCAGCCGCGAAGGCCCCUUCCAGGGGCCGCUCAGGCCGCCCGGGGCCGCGGCGCCCGGGAAGGUCCUGGUGGACCCGGAGAGCGGCCGUUACUACUUCGUGGAGGCGCCGCGGCAGCCUCGGCCGCGACUGCUCUUCGACCCCGAGAACGGGCAGUACGUGGAGGUGCUGCUGCCGCCCUCGCCCCCGGGGCCCUCGCGCCGCGUCUACACCCCGCUGGCGCUGAGCCCCGGCUUCCUGCCGCCCGCCUACGGGCCACUGCCCGGCCUCCCCCUGCCGCCGGCCCCGGCCUCACCGGCCUUCAGCGGCCACCAGCUUCCCUGGGCCGCCGAGGCGGGGCCCCUGGACGGGAUGUACUACCUGCCAGUGAGUGGGACCCCUAGCCCCGCGCCUCCUCUGUUCCUCUGCGCACCGCCCCCCAGCUCGGGGCCUCAGCAGCCCCGCAAGGCUCCCGUAUUUCCCGUGUGAGGCCCCUGGGCUCGGUCCCCACGUCGUGGACCUGUUGAUGGCCUUGGAGGUACCUGGCACCCAGUCCCUGCCCUCCUUUCCCUCCACCAUCACCUCUGCUCGCUUCAUUCCCUCCCCGAAUGUCCGACUCCCAGGGCUGGUGGAGCUGGGGCUUAGAAAUGGUUGCCUGCUUCCUUCCCUAGCAAAACGGGAGCCCCCUCUCCCAGGCAUUCCCGGAUGGGGUGUGUGUGGGCGUGGGGUUGUGGGUGUGGGUGUGUGUAAAAGGAAUUCAGGACUUGUCCCCGGAUGUGGUAUGGCUGAAUGAUGUGGUGGGAUCCCUCAGGGGGUAGCAAGAAAUGGAGGCAGUCAGGGAGGGGGUUGCUACAAAGCUAGAAAGCCAAGACCCCUCCCUGAAGGUGGGUCCCUUGAGGUGGAGCAGACUCGUGAGCACUGGUGGGAUGGAGGGAGGAGCCCGGCUCCCUAGUCUGUGCUUUGGGAGAUGUGAGGCAGAGGGCAACCCAGGAAGGGGGGUGGGGUGGCUCUGAGAGGGGAGCUGUGGGGACAGCAGGUGGGAGGGACAGAGAAGGAAGGUAGAGGAUGCUGUGGAGGGUCACUCUAGGAUUUUGAGCAGGGCACUGGGGUGGGGGGGGCAACUGCCCCUCAUUCCUCCCCUGGGCCCUUGCAUCUGACUCAGCUUCUGUGGCCUUCGGAGCUGAGUUGGUUCGUGGGGGCUGUGAAGUGAGUCAUUGGGGAGGAUUUACAAGCAGAAGGAUGUGGAGUGGACAUCUCAAAGGGGCCUUUAGACCCCUUUGUGGGGCAUGGAGGGUGGGUGAGGGCUGGCAGUUGGAGGGGCAGAGCAGAGAGAGACUUGGGGUCCUCACCUGCUUCUACUUCCUAGUAACAGACGUGGCCACCAAGCCCAACAGGGAACAGCUCUGCAGGUUGGUCUUCGCAGAGAGGACACAGCGUAGAGUCUGGAGACCCCUGGGGCCACUGAGAGCAGAGGGAGAGAGGACGGGAGUGUGUGUGUGUGUGCAUGACUUGGGGGUUGCUGAGUGUGAAAGCCCGUAUGGAGUUCUGAGUUUGACGUGCCAGGGCUUCGCUGGGCUGGGGUAUGAUAGCAAGUUUGGGGAUUUGCUAGAAGUGCUGUUAGGGUUCCGGGUUUUAAGUUCCAGGUUUCUGGGAAGUCUGCGUCCCUUGGAGCCCCACCCCCUGCUUUGUCUGAGCAGAAGUGGACUGGGAGAAGCAGGACCCAGAAUCACCUGGCGCUCCCCCAGUCAGAUACCUGGAUCUAAGGCAGGGAGAGCCUUGGCCGUGCCCGGCCCCUCCUCAGCCUGCUACGCAAUAAACUGCUGAUCUGUAAGGCGUAA